AGAGCGGUCUUCUCUUCCCCCAUUCCGCCCUGUGACUUCUCGUCACCUCCCUCACCACUUGAAAUCGGAACCUCUCGAAGCUUCUCCACCUCCCUCUCCUCCCCGUCUGAUGGAAGCCCCCCCGGCUUCCCCGAGCUUUGCCUGCGAUCGCCGACGUUUUCUCCAAGGCAUUCUGUUCUCCGGUGCAGUUGCGUGUUUCCACGCCUUCAAUCGGUGAAACAUUCCAGCUUUCUCCUCCUCCUCAAACAUCUGUGGUUUUCUUAGCUGAAAUCUCUUCGUGACCUUCUGGAAAUCGGUAGGCUCGCGGAGAACCGAAGCAUGUGCGGUGGUCCAGAGCGCCUGAAACACUCGCCGUCUCCGUCUCCGUCUCCGUCUACAUCUCCAUCGCUGUUUACUUCUGAACAAAGGAGUAGCUCCUCGCCGUCAGUCGAUAUGAACCAUCUAACGUUAGAGACCGACGACAACUUUUCCAGCCUCCUCGAGCUCGUCGCCGACAACGACGCCGACGGGUUACGGAGAGCCGUCGACGAGUACCCCUCCGCCGUCGACGAGAUCGGCCUAUGGUACGGCCGCAAGAAGGGCUCCAAUCGGAUGGUCCUCGAGCCCCGGACGCCCCUCAUGGUCGCCGCCACCUACGGUAGCAUCGAAGUCCUCCAAUUAAUUCUCAGUUCGUCCUCCGUCGAUGUCAACCGCUGCUGUGGGCCCGACAAGACCACUGCCCUCCACUGCGCUGCCUCCGGCGGCUCGGCGAACGCUGUCGACGCCGUGAAGUUACUACUCUCUGCUGGUGCUGAUGCCAGUUUGGUCGAUGCCAACGGCCAUCGCCCGGCCGAUGUGAUCGCCGUCCCUCCAAAGCUGGUUGAAGUCAAACUAGCCCUUGAGGAGCUCCUCGGAAGCCCCAGCGGUGGCAACCGCCGGUUUCUCCGUCUGUCGACGAGCACGUCGAGCUUCAGCUCGCCACCGUUAUCCCUGUCGCCCGACGAGGAUGGAUCGCCUUCGUCCGAUUCAUCCGCCUCUCCGACGGCCGGAAAGUUCCAUGACCAUCUUCCAGCUUCCGUGGCGUCGGAGAAGAAAGAGUACCCGGUGGAUCCCUCCAUGCCUGACAUCAAGAACAGCAUCUACGCCACCGAUGAGUUCCGGAUGUUUUCUUUCAAGGUGCGGCCCUGCUCCCGGGCUUAUUCCCAUGACUGGACCGAGUGUCCUUUCGUUCACCCUGGAGAGAAUGCUCGCCGGAGGGAUCCGAGGAAGUACCACUAUAGCUGUGUUCCUUGCCCGGACUUCCGGAAGGGCGCGUGUAGGCGGGGGGACCUGUGCGAGUAUGCUCACGGGGUUUUCGAGUGCUGGCUCCACCCGGCGCAGUAUCGCACGAGGCUCUGCAAGGAUGGAACCAGCUGCACCCGCCGGGUCUGCUUCUUUGCUCACACUAACGAGGAGCUCCGCCCGCUUUAUGUCUCGACUGGCUCCGCCGUGCCGUCUCCUCGGUCCUCUGCCUCAGCGGCAAUGGAGAUGGCGGCGGCGAUGAGCCUCCUGCCGGGGUCCCCGUCUUCUGUUUCGGUGAUGUCGCCGACCCCUUUUACGCCUCCCAUGUCGCCGUCCGCCAAUGGCGGAGGACACUCUUCCCUGGCCUGGCCCCAGCCGAAUGUGCCUGCGCUGCAUCUUCCGGGGAGCAAUCUCCAGUCCAGCAGGCUUCGCACUUCUCUCAGUGCGAGAGACAUGCCUGCCGAUGAAUUCUCCGUGCUGCCGGAGCUUGAAGCAGCACAGCAACAGCUCAGUGAUUUCUGCUUCUCACCCAGCCAAUCUCGCCUUGGCUCGUCCUUAGCUGGGAAUCGGCCUGUUCGUUCUACUACCCUGGCAUCAUCCAAUCUUGAUGACCUCUUCUCUGCGGAGAUUUCGUCAUCUCCGAGGUAUAAUUCUGAUCAGGGAGGUGUUUUCUCGCCAUCCCAUAAGUCGGCUGUGCUCAAUCCGUUCCAGCAGCAGCAGCAGCAGAGCCUGCUCUCACCCGUCAACACCAACAGCGUGUUCUCUCCCAAAGCGGUGGAUCCCCAGCAGCAGCUCUCUGGCCACUCCACUCUGCUGCAGGCCUCGUUGGGGGUCUCAUCCCCCGGCCGGAUGUCUCCCCGAAACAUGGAGCCGCUCUCGCCUAUGAGCUCCCGUCUUGCUGCUCUUGCCCAUCGAGAGAAGCUCCAGCAACAGCUGCGCAGCCUCAGUUCUCGUGAUCUCAGUUCGAACAACGGCGUCCCUUCCAUGGUGGGUUUGCCUGGGAAUUCUUCGUGGUCCAAUUGGGGAUCCCCAUCAGGGAAGGUCGACUGGGGAGUUGAUGGAGCCGAGCUCGGCCGAUACAAGCGCUCGGCUUCAUUCGAGCUUGGUUCUGGGGGCGAGGAGCCUGAUGUUUCCUGGGUGCAGUCGCUAGUGAGCCCACCAGAGGCGAAGGAGGAGCAUGAAACAAAUACCUUGGGGAGCAAUGGCGGUGGAGGGGCUUCGGAUGGCUCAAACAAUUCUAAUAACCAAUUGGAUGGAUCAGAUCAUACAGUUCUUGGGGCCUGGUUGGAGCAGAAGCAGCUCGAUCAGCUCGUCGCCUAGUAAAGCUAAAAGCAAAACCGAACCUAUUACUAAGAUCUCCUCAAAGAUUAGCAGCAAUAGUAAAUAAUUUUUUGGUCUUGUUGGCAAAGAAGGCUGGGGAUGAUGGUGGUUCGUUAAAAAAUCAGUCAGAGAUUCGUUUUUGGAAGAAAUUUGUUAUUUUAUUUCAAGAGUUUCCGACAGCUGAAUCUGGAGGGAAAUUUAGCUCUAGGUUUGUUAGUAGGCAUACCCCGGUAAUCAUCUCUCCCUUAAAUUUGCAUGUUUUUGGGGUCUUUCUUCCUCUUCCCCAAAGCUCCAGCUCACGCUGGAUCGCAACUCUGCUUUAGUUUCUGGGUCUUUUAACCAUAUAUUUGUUAAUGAUAUAUCUUAUAUUUUGAGAACUGUCAUAGCUAACUUGGCAACAAGGGAUGGAAGAAGAAGGACGACAGGGGGGUAGUGCCCAAGACUUUUGUGGAGGGUUUUCCUAGUUCCUGAUCUCUCGUGGACCGGGUCCGCCUUUUGAGGGGACAUGGUGGGUGGGAGGGAUAGUAUCUAUUGAUGUGGGCGUACGUGGCCCACUUAAGAGGGUUGAAUUAUUGGCACUUCUUUUGUAUGAUAUUGUUGGAGGGUCUGUGGGCAGGUGGAAAGUAAGGUUCAUAUGUUUUCUGUGUGAGUAUACAUUGAUUUAAAACUUUAUUAUUAUUGUUAUUAUUAUUUCAUCUACUAUACCAAUAUAUUUUUGUCUCGU